CUUCCCACAGUGCUUCGCGACAGCUCGCUAUGGAGGCCGGCAGGACUGCGGUGUUGCGCGUGAAGCGGAAGCGUAACGCGGAGCCUGCAGAAGCUCUCGUGCUGGCUUGUAAACGCCUCCGGAGCGGCGAGGUCCAGUCGUCUGCUCAGGAGACGCCGGAGGGUCCGGAGACAGCGGCUGAGAGUAAUGUCUUCCGGUUGGUUGCUACCGUGCGCUCCCAGGAGGAGCCCAUCCAGCAGCUUGUGCGGGCUGCCCUGCGCCCGUCCCGGAGCAGCCAGCUGCGUAUCCGCCGCGACCUUCGCGCCUCAGCUCGCGAGGUCCGUAAAGAGGGCCGCUACAGGGUAGUCUCCAACCACCGAUCCUCAGGGACCUCCAGUGGUUUGGAGUCCCCGUGUGUGUCAGAAGCUGAUGGGGAUGCAGGCUUCCAGUUGUUGGACCUGGUCCACGAAGAGGGAGACCCAGAGGCGGCUGCCACAGACUGCUGCAGAACAUCUGACCCAGAUGUGAUCCUCUGCAAUUCUGUAGAGCUGAUCCGUGAGAGACUGACUAUUUCUGAAGAUGGACCACAAGUGGAGCACCAGAAGGAGCCAAAGCACGAUGAUGACUAUGUAUAUGACAUUUACUCUAUGGAAAUGGCCCCUCUAGAAUGGAUUGAGGACAUCCUGUCUGUGCAGCCCUACAGCCAAGAGUGGGAGCUGGUGAACGAAGAUCAGCAACCAGAAGAUACAUAUGAAGAAGAAGAUGACGAAAACAGUGAGAAUAAUUGGCGCAAUGAGUACCCAGAUGAAGAAAGCAGUGAUGAAGAUUCUAGAGGCUCUAAUGAAUACAACAGCCUCAGCGAGGAGGAAAGCAGCAGCAGGCAGUUGGUGUGGAGCAAGUACCCUUUGGAUGUACAGAAGGAGUUUGGCUAUGAUAACCCCCAUGAUCUGGAUUCGGAUUGAUGGUCUGAGAUUCUUCCAUAAGCCCUUGAGGCCUGACUGCAGUGUCAUCAUCUUAGGAUGCCUAACUGAACAUGUAGAAGGAAAAACUAUGCCCCGGCACAGCAAAGACAUAACUAAGGGCUCUUCUUAGAAGUGAUUAAGUGAAGCCAAGCAUGCUGGCUCCUGCCUGUAAUUUCCAGCAUUCAAGAAUCUGGGAGUAAAAGGAGCACUGAAGAUGGAAGGCUAGCCUAGACUACAUAGAAAGUUUUAGGCUAACCUGAGCAAAAGAAUUAAGAUUCUAUUUAAAAAAAAUAGUUAUCCUACAGUCUGGAAAAUAAAAUGAUGUGAAACUUCCAGCCUAGGGGUUUUUCUGUGAUCCCACAUCUAUGCUCAAGCCUAAAGUAGCUGGAGGGAGGAAGCUAUUUCAUCGGCAGUCAAUUUACCUUCCCUACUGGAGUGCCUGCCUCCAAUGAAGCCUGUUUUCUUUGAUGGAUGUCAUCUCUACAAGGGCAACAGUGCCUCCCCUGCCUGAACUAUGGGAAGUAACCCCUCUGCCUCUUUGGACUAUAAUGGUCAUAAAGACUGAUGUCAUCUUUUGGUAGUGGUGUUAAAGAACAGUAUAAUGUGAUAUUCUCUAAUAAAAAUUAACUUUUUAAACUUUUUACACAGAAGCAAGCAAUUCUUUUAAAUCCUUUUUAACCUGAUGAUCUUAGGUAUUUUCUCCUCAGAAAAGAGAUUAGUGAGACAGACGCUUCAGAAUUAACUUUAUACACGAAAGUUAACUGUUUACAGCACUUAGAAAAAACAGGUUACAGUUGUCCCUUAGUAUACCAUGGCCCAUUGGUACCAGGACUGACAGAAUCCACCAUAUAUAUUCAAGUACCUUAAUAUAAAUUGUCGUAGUAUUUGCACAUAUAAUCUAUGUCCUUCAGAUUAUAAAAAUCUAAUGUAAACUCUAUCUAAAUUGUACCACUGCUCUUUGGGGAAGGACAAGAAUAAAUAUGUACAUGGUUAGAAUAGGCACAUUUUUCCCAAAAUACCUUUUGUUUUUGGUUUGU